AUGUCGUCAAAUAUUCUGAUUACUGGUGCGGGGGGAUACGUGUGGGUUUCCGAACAAGCUGAGGCCCUAUCUAAAUUGGGAAUAUCUGUGCUUCAGCUAGAUCUUUCCGACGAGGAUGCGGUGGUUAAGAGCGUGUUGCAGCACGACAUCAGUAUAGUUAUUCAUACUGCCAGCGCAAUGGAUCCGAGCAUGGCGUUGCCUCUUAUCACUGCUCUGAGCAAGCAGAAGCAGGUGAAUGGAAGUGAAGCAAUUUUCAUUCAUACUUCUGGUUUGGGCGCGUUUUACGACAAGACCGGGUGGCCGGCGGGGUUGUUGAGAGAUACAGACGCCGUCUUUGAUACGGAGAAGCGUUUGGCUGAUUCUUUUCCUAUACGGAAGACUGAUGUCGCAGUAAUCGAGCAUGCCGAAAAGAGAGGGGUAACUAGUUUCAUUGUAGUGCCCUCAACCGUCUAUGGCCAAGGUAGCGGCGAGUGGAACAAGCUGUCUAUUAUCCUGCCGCUCUAUGUUCGGGCCAGCCUUUCGGCGAAAGCGGUGUACAAGUUCCCAGACUACUCGAAGGUCGCUGGCGUGCACAUUUCCGAUUUGACUGCGCUUUACGGUUUGAUUGUUGAGCAGUUCCUCCGUGGAGAGUCGAUACCAAGUGGCCGAGAAGGCUAUUACUUCGCGUUGGCUCAUGAUAUUUUCUUGGGUGAAGUGGGUGAUCAUUUGGCCAGCGAGCUUCGGGAUCGUGGCGUGACCACUAAUUCCGAGGCACGCACAUAUUCGGAUGAACAAGCUGCUGCGACGUCGCUGGGGGUUCCCGUACAGUUUGUGCAGAUGCUGUGGGAUGCUGGUGCCAAUAUUGUUGCCGAAAUUCCCCGAAGCAUUGGAUGGAAACCGGCCUGGGAUAAAGCGCGGUUCUUGCAGCAUAUUGGAGAUGAGGUUCAGGCUGUAGUAGAUCUUGGAAAGCCGAAGAGCAGUCUUGUUGACUCACUAUUGGCGGCGACGAGUGGCUAA